UCUCUCCUCCUCCUGCACCCCCGGCCCUCUCUGACUCUCGCGAGAGCCCUACAGGCUAUAAAGGCAGCGCCCCGCGCACGUCUCACGCGUCUUCUUCCUGCCUUGUCUUCGGCGCUUUUGUUCGUAGAGCGGCCAAUAGCAAGAUGUCUUCAGGAAAUGCCAAAAUUGGGCAUCCUGCCCCCAACUUCAAAGCCACAGCUGUUAUGCCAGAUGGCCAGUUCAAAGACCUCAGCCUAUCUGACUACAAAGGAAAAUAUGUUGUGUUCUUCUUUUACCCUCUUGACUUCACCUUUGUGUGUCCCACGGAGAUCAUUGCCUUCAGUGACAGGGCAGAAGAAUUUAAGAAACUCAACUGUCAAGUGAUUGGUGCUUCUGUGGAUUCUCAUUUCUGUCACCUGGCAUGGAUCAACACACCCAAGAAACAAGGAGGACUGGGACCUAUGAACAUUCCGUUGGUAUCGGACCCCAAGCGUACCAUUGCUCAGGACUAUGGAGUCUUAAAGGCUGAUGAAGGCAUCUCGUUCAGGGGCCUCUUUAUCAUUGAUGAUAAAGGCAUCCUUAGGCAGAUCACUGUAAAUGACCUACCUGUUGGCCGCUCUGUGGAUGAGACUCUGCGACUGGUUCAGGCCUUCCAGUUUACCGACAAGCAUGGGGAAGUGUGCCCAGCUGGCUGGAAGCCUGGCAGUGAUACCAUCAAGCCUGAUGUCCAGAAGAGCAAAGAGUAUUUCUCUAAGCAGAAGUGAGCGCCGCGCCGUUUUAGGGCUGGGCUGUAGUGGGUGGCCAUGAAA